CCCAUUGGUCCAAACGUCCCCGUGCUGCCACAAUACUGCGCACACGUGACCGCCCUGUUUUCACCCAGUUAACGCGUGUACUUAAAAGACAGGGCCGCUGCCGUUCACCAACACGAGCACGAGCCCCACAAUAUUAAUGCGGGGAACGUAAGGUCGCUGCUGCGGGGACUCGGAUCUCUGGACGCGUAGCAUGGCGGCUGCCACGAGCAGCGGCGCAUCCACGGCCACGCUGCAGAUCAAGCACCCCAGCGUCGAGCACACGCGGAAACGCAUCGACCCGAGGCGGAGGCAAGCGGCGCUGUCCUUUCUCAGCAACAUUUCCCUGGACGGGCGCCCCGUGCAGGACGACGCGGACAAGCCGAGCGGCGACGACGGCUCGCUGGAGCCCAGGACUAGACCGAGCCUGGCGUCCCCGGAGCGCGCGGCGCUCGGGGCGGCGGAGGCGCUCGCCUUCGCCAGCCACGCUCCCGUCGCCGGCGGCCGGAGCGGCUGCGGGACGGGUGCGGGCGCGGACGCGGGCGCGGACGCGGACGGCGACGCGUUCGUGGCGUCGGCGCUGAGCUCGCCCUUCUCCGCGGCGCCCGCCUCGGCCAGGGGGCGUCUGCAGACGUACACUCAGGGAAUCCUGCCUGCCUCGUACUGCAGGCAGUCGGCCCAGUUCUGCCUGGAGGGCGGACAGAUCGCCAACUCUGCCGUGGAGCUGCAGCGGUCGAGACGAAGGCUCAUCUCUCAGCGCUCGUCGCUGGAAACGCUGGAGGACAUCGAGGAGAACGCUCCUCUACGCAGAUGCCGAACCCUAUCGGGUUCACCGCGACCAAAGAGCUUCAAGAAGGUCCACUUCAUAAAGAACAUGAGGCAGCACGACAUGCGCAACGGCAGGAUAGUCCUUAUCAGUGGCAGAAGAUCCUUCUAUAGUGUAUUUUCUGUGCUGCCCUAUCGAGAUUGUAGCCAAGCGGGAGACGUGAAGCUGGAAGGAGGGCGUCAGCGGCACCCGUCCGGAGGAGUCAGUGCCAAGGAGAUGGUGAUCGGGCUCGAGGGGGUGGAGUUGGGAGCAGAUGGAAAGACCGUGUCCUACACCCAGUUCCUGUAUCCCACUAAUGUCCUGGGUGGUCGAAGGAACACCAUCGACUCCACCUCGUCCUUCUCGCAGUUUCGCAACGCCAGCCACCGCAGCCUGAGCCUGGGUCGAGCCAACAGCAACCAGAGCAGCCUGGACACAGGGAACGACCUGGGGGACUUCCGCGAGUACGACCCCAAUCUGCUGGACGAUCCGCAGUGGCCGUGUGGAAAACACAAGAGAGUCCUCAUCUUCCCCUCCUACAUGACCACUGUCAUCGAAUACGUCAAACCCUCUGACCUCAAAAAGGACAUGAACGAAACCUUCAAGGAGAAGUUCCCCCACAUUCGGCUGACGCUCAGCAAGAUACGCAGCUUAAAAAGGGAGAUAAGGAAGCUGGCGCAGGACGAGUGCGGUUACGAGGAACCAACAGUGGCGAUGGCUUUUGUCUACUUUGAAAAACUCGUUCUUCAAGGCAAACUGAACAAGCAGAACCGCAAACUCUGCGCCGGCGCGUGCGUCCUGCUGGCGGCCAAGAUUGGAGGCGAUCUCAAGAAGCACGAGGUCAAACUCCUGAUAGACAAACUGGAGGAGAGGUUCCGCGUGAACCGCAGGGAGCUCAUUGCCUUCGAGUUCCCCGUCCUGGUGGCGCUGGAGUUCAACCUGCACCUGCCGGAGCACGAGGUCAUGCCCCACUACAGACGCCUGCUGCAGUCCUAGCACCGGCGACCCAUCAGGAGGGCGUCCGCUCCUCCUGAUCCUCGUCCGGCCGCUUCGAGGCACCGCUGGGUGUCGCUCGGCUGCAGCUCAUCACUACCAACGACACCCUCCUUCCUCAGACACGUGAAAGCCAAAGGGACUCAGCGUUUUAAAGACCUUCGUUUGACUUCUACAUUCUCCAUCACUACAUGGACCUCUGACCAAAACGCUUCAUUCGUCUGCAAACAGGUUGAUUUUCUACUUGGCAUGUUUCACAUUACGUCUUUGCUUUGUUUUAUACCUCUCGUUGAUUAAGAGAUGCUUUUUUAUUUAAAUCUAAUCUGAACUGUUUUAUCACAGCAACCAAUGAUUGUCAUAUUUUUACCAUCACUUCUCUUGUAAAUCUUCGGUAGUGUUGGCUUCCUGCAUAUGUUGAACCAAAGCUGUUUCCAGCUGGACUGUUAAUACUCUUGCAUGAAAAAACGACUGCAACAGGGACGGCGCUGACUCACUGAACAUCAGACAUUGAGUGUGCAUUUAAACAAAGGACUCAGAAAUUCCUUCCAACCAUUUAUUUACAGUCGGCUGAACACAAGAUUACACAGAAUUAAAUAAAUCACUAUUUAAUACCUUUAUUGGUCCCACAGUGGGGAAAUUUAAUAAACACAGGAACAACACUGCACAUUCAAUCGGCUGUGAAACUACCUUAUAACAAACUGGCGCUAACGCUAAUAUGGCUACGUUUUAUCUUACACUGGUUCUUUGUUUGCACCAGCAAAGCCACAGGUCUGGAGGGAAGGGGCUUCGCCGGCCUCGGGGUGUGUGUGCGUGUGUGUGUGAGGGAAAGUUGUACAGACUCGGGAUCUAACACUUUGUCUUUAAAGUGCACUUUUUGAUAAUAUUGACAGACUUGGUGGUGGGAGACUUUUAAUGUGCUUGGGAACUUACCCCCGAGAAAUAAGCUGUGUUUCUAGACACCAAGUCAUUACAACACUUCAAACUUUUCCUUUCUUGUGGAUAAUUCACUAUUUUCUAGCAGCAACAAUCUGCAUGUGAAGAAAUGAUUGUACACCGUACGUGCAGAAGAGAGGGAACUCGAUAUAUUUUCACUGAAGUAUUUCAUUGGUUUUUUACCAAACGCUUGCUAUGGACUUUUUAACAGUGUCGGAUUUUCCGUGCUCUAUGUUAGAGUGUAUUGCUAGCACAUUUACGGUGCUGUACUGGGGUCAAGAGUGUUCUAAAGAGUUCAUCGAUGCUAUUAAGCAGUGGUCAGGACCAGCAGCUGCGCUCUGGUUCUGGGACUGACUGGCCUUCACACUGACGGCAGGGUGUUCUCCUGGGGCCGGGUCCAACAAAGCCGGUCCUGACCCUCCCCGUCCUCUGAUGGGGAGAACAUCUAGGAGGCGUCGAUGGCUGAUCAAACAUUCGCACAGAGUUUGAAAUGAAUGAUCAUUGUAGCAAUGUGACCAAUUUAAAGUAUUAUUCCAUUACUGGGCUUUAGUUUCAGUAUUGAAGCGGCUAAAUUCAAAUGACAAGUUUUGACGACAUUCAAGGUGGAAUGAACUAAACCAAAUUGUGAGGACGCCGUUGAUUGUGCUGCUUUGUGGUGAAGGAACUGAUGGUCUGUUUGCUAGCCCAAAGGUGUUCACUACCUGUGUAUGUUUGUAAAUAAACAGCUUCGCUUGUCCAAUCAGA